AUGUCAGAGACAAUAGAAAGGGGGAAAAUUGAGACGAUGCAGCAAAGAUCGAAUAAAAGAAGCUGUUCCUACAUACCACUCAGGGAACAUAAUAACACCGAAAAGGGCCUGUAUACUGAAGUCGUUCCUAUUAGAAACAACAAAAGGUCAAUCACAACAUCUCCUAUAGUCAACAUUAACGUUGUAGAAAGAAAGCUGUUUAAUUUGGAAUUGGAAAAACGACAACUUCGUGCCAAAAAUCUGUCUAAGGACAAACAAGACGGAAGCUCCAAUGGGACUACCUAUUCGGAUGUCAAAAAGGAAAUAAGAGAACAAGAUCAAUAUCAAGUCUCUCCAUUAAAAGAGCCUUUGAGGCGACAGCCACCGCCUUCAAUGAAGAAAAGCCCUCCAAGGAAGAAGAAAAGCUUGAAGGAUUUGAUAUAUGAAACGAACAAGACAUUUUAUCAGGUGGAUUCUAACAAGGUUAAAUAUAAAGUAGGUUUAUCCAAAAAGCAGCUAUUAUCAUCCAAAACAAAAGACAGCUAA